GAUAGGCGAUGCAUCGAUGUAACGCGGCAAUAAACAAAAAACUGGAUCACGCGUGAAAUGUCUGAUGAACGAAUGAUUGAGGUUCGUUCGAUGACAGGAAGCUGAUAAAACAUUUCAAAAGCCGAUGAUCAUGGAGGGCGAAGCUCCGAAAGAGAAAAAGGCGCGUCCCUUGAGUGAAAAGUCGAGCUCUAAAUGGAGAUCGAGCGAUUACGGAACCACAGUAAUUCGAAUAGCAAUAAAACCAAUCAGAAUAUUCCAAUUCGUGAGUAUCGAUCGCAAACUAUAGUGGCAACUACGUAACCCUAAGAUGAAACUGGCCCUUUUCGUCGACUAGCUGGUGGUACUUCUCAUCUUUCUACUUGUCAUUUACACGACAAACCUACCCGACUAUACCAUACCGUCCAUAAUGUGCAUUCUACUGAUGGCCAUCUGCGGAGUUUACGUUCUCGUCUUGUCGAUCGAUUUAAUUACCCAGUUCAUCGGUGGAGAAUUGAACAUGAUGCCGAUGUUCCUCUUCUCCUUGCUGGGAUUGAUAUUCUUCGCGAUCGUUGCGUUUUAUCUACUGCUCGUAAAUAGGCCUUUGACGUGCCAUCUCGUAACGAUGGGCUCUCUUUCCAUCAUCGCGUUCAUCCUCUUCGCAAUCGACGUUUCGCUGAUACACGUAUUUCGAAAACAUACCUGCGAUCUUUGUCAGCCGUGUUGCUGCGCGAGGCCGGCUGAUGCGCUGUUUCAGAAGAAGUUCUUCGACCCCCUGUGCACCGAAACGAUCAAACGUGACCUGACGACCAGCGUCAGCCGCAUCAAGAUACCCAUCGACGAAAAAGACGCAGUGGCCGAUCACAGAGAGAGAGAGGUCAGAGUGGCACAUCGACGACAGUACGUCGAUUGUCCGACCAGUGCUCGGACGUUGUGCGACGUGGAAGUUGCCGACGUUCAAACGGAUGACAAGAAAACGUUGAGCAAAAAGUGCCAAACUCGGCUGGAAGUGAAAGAGGUGCCGGCGCAAACGGUGAGCAGAUGCGAGCUAUGCAAACGUGCUAUUGAGCUCACGGCAAGUCCCUCAGUUCAGCCUACGACGCAACAGCCAUCCUGCAUUUCUUAUCCUGCGUUUGUGCAGCUCCUUCGAGGAUCAACAACGUGCUGUCCAGGGUGUAGGUGUGUCACAGGUAUAAUUCAAAUGUCGCAGCAGCAGCAAACGCAGCGGUUGGAGCAAUUGAAACAGGACGAUGAAACGACGAGGGAACAGCAAGUUACCAAGAGAUCCUGCGACUCGUUGACGAAACGCACCAAGCCUGAAGUGCAAGAUCCGAAAUUAACAGCAGUCUCGGGCACAAUCACCAAGCUGACUCUCGCUUCUUACUGCGUCGCGCCCAAGAAAACAGACGCGUGUUGUCAAACGUUUAGGGAAGCGGAGAAAGACAAGUCGGAACAAACGAGGAGGACGAGGAUCACCGCAGUGAGACUCGACAAGAGGACGAAGAAGAUGAGAACAGCGAGUACCGACACAAAGAAGCUAAAAUCUCCAGUGAGGAUCGUGAAACCCUUGCCAGAAAAAGUGGAGAAGUCUUUCAAUAAAGAAAAUUCCGAUACCGAGAGAUCGACGCUGUUCAAAACCUCGACAUGUCUUUUGUUCAAAUCUUCGGACAGUGCCGACUCGAAGUAUUCUCUGGUCAAUUCGUCGAAAAGUGACAAAGAGAUAGAUACUGCAAAGAAUAGCUCAAUUUGUUUGAAAGAAAUCAAGGCAACGAAAUCGGUUUCGAGCUCGAACUCGAGCAUAAACAGGGGUAGCAGAAACACUGCAGGAAAAGACAAACAGCAGAAGACAGACACAAUCGCUGGCAAAGGAAGCGAGAGGAUCGCCGCGACGAUGCACGAAGGAAGUUGUGAAAAGAAAUCAAAAGGAAACCCAGAAGACAGUGAGGUUUCCGAUGAUGAAUGCUGUAAAUCGAUCGUGGAACAUUCGGUCAGCGAAAUUGACGCGGGAGCUCUCUGUCAAAUGGAAACGCAAACAACUUCUGCAGAAAUAUCAUCCCCAGCUAACAGAUUGAAAAGAACCUACGGAUUUCGAAGGAACAAAGUCGAACCUAUUGGCUUGUCGCACACUGACGCCGAUAAUCAAACGCCAGAUCAUAGCGAGGGUUCUAUGAUUUGCAGUAAAGAGGUGAUCGUUGCGGACGAAUCUUCCCUCGAACCAAAGCAAGUCUGCGCAGUUUGCAAGAGGAUACAGGUACCUGCGUCGUCGAGUUUGAAUCAGUACUACACUUAUCACAGAGACAAGAAAGGACGAUUCUACUGUGAAUAUUGCGCGACUCCGAGUUUAACUACCAAAGUGUCGUAUAAAAGUGGCCAGAAGAGUUUGAAGUGUGCAAGAUGUGGCAGUUACAUACACGCGAAGAAUAUCCAAGGCACUAGAAAUAAGUCUGACAGUUGUCCACACUGUGGUCAAGCGUGGACGCCUGCACAGUCAAACGUGGCAGGGCAACAUUCACGGAAAAACUGACAAAAUGCGUUCUUAGAGAAAUAAGGGGAAAUGCUCGUGUAUAUAAAUGAAAAACUAUAUGACUGAGAGAAGAAGCAGGCAACAGAGUUAUAAGUAUUCGAUCAUUGAAACUUAAUUAAGUAAUAAUUCUUGACAUACAACUAGCUGUGUGUAAAAUAUUGAGCAAAGUAUUCUGGAACGUUAUUUUAUUUCAUUAGACAACGUCGUUGAUUACAAGAGAAAAAAUGUUAACAAUGUUACGUGGUCAUGGUCGAUUGUAAAAUAUUUGUAUGUAUCAUAAAAUGUCAUUGUGUCUUAACAUUAUUUCUAGUGUUUAUAAUAAAUUAUAAUUUGCGCCUAAAAAUUGUGCCUUCCUUUGAACGUCGGUUGUACGAGCUAUUUGAUUGGAAGAAUGAUGUACAAUAAGCGAUUACACACGGAAACACGAAGAUACAAAGGAUCGAAGCUCGAAAAAGUUUAACAAUUUAUUCAGCUUCGGAAGACAGAAGUAUAUGCUACAUAUCGCUAAUAUAAAAUUAUAUAAAGAUUCUCUCUGUCGAUAUAGAUUUUUAUGAUUACAAUAAUAAGAAACAACGAUUAGCCUAGUAGCUAGCUUAUAAUUAUUAGUAGCUAACUUGUAAUUAUUCUUUGGUAUAAAACGAGUUUACUUCAUCACGUAAUAGAAACUCUUGGAGCGAUAAAUUAAUCCACUAGGAACGUCAGCUUAUAAAAUUAAAAAUUUUCCACUCUAUAUUUAAGUGGAACAAUAAAAUGUGGAAAUUUUU